AUGCAUUCACCUGAGGACCUGGGGGCCCCUCUAACUGCAGCAGCAGCAGCAGCAGCAGCAGCAGCAGCAGCAGCAGCAGACGGCGAGACAGAAGCAGGGGGAAGCAGCUGCGCUUCUGUCUCCACAGACUCCCAGGGGCCCCCGUGGGGCCCCCGCUGGGGGCCCCCCUCUUCUGUCUCUGAAAGCGUUCGCCCCGAGACCCCCCUCCAUCAGCAGCAGCAGCAGCAGCAGCAGCAGCAGCAGCAGCAGCAGCAGCAGCAGCAGCAGAGUGGGGGCCCCGGGGACUUGCCUCUCGAGGAGCAGCUGCAGCGGCUGCGCCGCCUCGCGAAGCAAAAAGGGUACAGGGGGGCCCCCCGAGGGGAGGGGCCCCCCAGUGGGAAUCAGUCAGACAUAAGGGACUACCUCGUGCCCUGCAGGCAGCAGCAGCAGCAGCAGCAGCAGCAGCAGCAAGAGGGCAAGGAGGAGCAGCAGCAGCUGCAGCAGCAGCAGCAGCAGCCGUUUGCCGCAGCUUCAGCAGCAGCAAAAGAGCAAAUCGCUUUCCACGGAGGCCCCACACCCGCAGAGGCCCCUAGGGGGCCCCCUUCCGCCCUAGACCCAGCAGCAGCAGCAGCAGCAGCAGCAGCAGCAGCAGCAGCAGCAGCAGCAGGACCUUCCCCGCCUGCAGCCACAAACGAAUCAGCCUGCAGCCCCUCCACUGCCUCCUUGGGGGGGCCCCCAGGGGCCCCCCAGGGGCCUCCAGGGGGCCCCCAGGGGCCCCCGGGGGCCCCCCUGUACCCUUUUGGGUCUCCUGGGGCCCCGCAGCAGCAGCAGCAGCAGCAGCAGCAGCUAAGCCCCUCCUCGGGGGCCCCCUUGGGCACUGUAGAUACUCCCGAAGGGGCCCCCUUUUCAGCAGAGUCGGGGGCCCCCCUGAGCCUCUCCGAGGACUCCGAGGGGCCCCCUGACUCCCCAGCAGCAGCAGCAGGGGGGGCCCCCAACGCAGGGUACAGCGGGGAGGGGGGCCCCCAGGGGGGCCCCCCGGGGGCCCCCGGGGGCCCCCCGGGGGCCCCCAAGGGGCCCCCGGGGGCCCCCAAAGCUGCGCGAAAAGAAAAGAAAAUAAAUAAAAGUGGAGAAAAAAAGAAACAAAAGGGGCCCCUCUUGUUCGACCCAGUGAAGGCCUGGAAGGCCCUGUGCAGUGCUUGGGAGCAGCGGCAAGACGUUUCUUUCCUGUGGACUUCGUCUCAGUUUGCGGAAUUUGCUGCCUCCAACUUCGAACUAACUCCAAACGCAGCAGCAGGGGGGCCCCCCACUCUAGGGGCCCCGGGGGCCCCCCAGACCCUGGGGGCCCCCCAGACCCUGGGGGCCCCCCAGACCCUGGGGGCCCCCCAGACCCCGGGGGGCCCCCAGACCCUGGGGGCCCCCCAGACCCUGGGGGCCCCCCAGACCGCGGGGGCCCCCCAGACCCCGGGGGGCCCCCAGCCGCCGGGGGGCCCCCAGAGUGGAGGGGCCCCAGGGGCCCCUCAAAGCCCUGGGGCCCCCGGGGCUGCUGGCGGGGGAGAAGGUGCUGGGGGGGGCCCCCCUGGGGGUGCGGGGGGCCCCCCUUGUGGGGCCCCCGCUGGGAUUUGUGGGGGCCCCCCUGCAGCAUUUGUGUUUAGUUUGCUGCUGGAGAACGGCAGCACUUCCAGCCUCAGCAGCAGCAAACUAGAAGCUGCAUGUUUUAAGAUUAAAACCCUCAGGGCCCGUUUUCCCCAGCCCGUGGCUCUUGUGGUUUCCAAGGGUACUGCGGGGGGCCCCCCAGACCCUGGGGGGGCCCCCCCCGGUCUCGGGGGGCCCCCAGGCCCUGGGGGGGGCCCCCACGGUCUUGGGGGGCCCCCAGGCCCUGGGGGGGCCCCCCCCGGUCUCGGGGGGCCCCCAGGCCGCGGGGGGGCCCCCCAGCCCCAGGGGGGGCCCCCAGACCUCGGGGGGGGCCCCCACGGGCUGGAGGGGGCCCCAGACCUUGGGGGGGGCCCCCAGACCCAGGGGGGGCCCCCAGACCCUGGGGGGGGCCCCCAGGGUCUGGGGGGGCCCCCAGAGGGCCAGGGGGGCCCCCAGUGGGACCCUGAAGAUGCCCUGAAGCUGCUCGUGGGGGGCCCCCCGACGCAGUGGCAGCACUUUGUUGUUCCCCUGGCCCAGUUCGCGCAGCAGCAGCAGCAGCAGCAGGGGGAGGCCGCUGCUGCUGCUGCUGCUGCUGCUGCUGCUGCUGCUGCUGCUGCUGCUUGGGAUUUAAUGCAAGACUUGUUUGUCUCGGGGGCCAAAAGACCAAAAGCAAAAGGGCUGCUGCUGAUUUGGAACGCCCAAGAAGCCCUCAGGCCCCUUCUUGCGCAGCGCCCAGAAAUACCACUUGGGUCCGUCGCCUUCUUCGAUGUUUCUCUGAUGGCGUGGCUGUGGGCCCCCGAAGACCCUGAGAUAUCUGCUGCUGCUGCUGCAAUAAACACUGCAGCAGCAAAACUCAACUUGCCGCAGAUCCUUGAGGGUUUGUCGCCGCUGGACACGGGGGUUGCUGCUGCCGAGAGUUUCCUUUGGGCGAAUUGCCUCAAAGCCAAUUCCGCCACAGCAGCAGUAGCUGCUGCGCUGGGGCCCCACAUGCUUUCUGAGGGUUUAUGCAGGGUUUUGGUGGAGCAGGAGGGCCCCGUGGCGCUGCUGCUGUCGCUAAUGGAGGCCACAGGCGUUGCCUGCGACGAGUCUGUUGUGGCGCCCCACAAGGAGAGGCUGCAGGCAGAACUCGAGCACCUUGCUGCUGCUUGCUGCGCUGCUGUUGGCUUUUCUUUUUCUCCCUCUUCUCCUAAACAAGUUGCAGACCUCAUUUACAACAAACUCAAACUGGGGCCCCCUGGGGGGCCCCCGGGGGGGCCCCCUGGAGGGUUUCAAGUGGAGGGUUUGAAGCAGCAGUGCACUGAUGACAAUGUUCUCCAAAGCCUGCGAGACAGCCACCCGGUGGUGCCGCUGCUGCAGCGCUAUCGGCAAAUAGCGAAGCUUUACUCCACUUUCUUGGCCCCCCUAACCCCGCUGCACAGCACUGCAGAAAGGGCCCCUGCUGUGGGGCCCCUGGCCUUUCUUGUGCCCCCGGGGGCCCCUGGGGGCCCCCCAAAGGCCCCCAAGAAGAAAGCCGAAGGGUUUAGUACCCCUUGGGCUGCGAACCGAGUUCAGCAGCCGGAGUUGCCCAGAACAGCUUUUGUUCCCUCAAACCCUAAAACGGAGGUUCUGGUUUCCGCGGACUUCGCGCAAAUCGAAAUGAGGGUUUUGGCUCAUUUUUGCGGCCCUGGACGCCUGAGUGGGAUUUUUGCAAAAGGGGAAAAAGACGUCUACAAAGAAAUGGCAGCGGAAUUCACCAAAGUCCAGGUCGACCAGGCCAAAGUGGUUUGCCUCGCGCUGCUCUACGGCGGCGGGCUGCAGCCAAUUUGCCAGCAGCUUUCCGUCGGGCCCGAAGAAGCCCAAAAAGUUCGCCAGCAGUUUUCUUUUUCUUUUCCGGAAGUUUCCAAAUUCGCAAAAGACGCCAUUCUAGCCGCCAGGAAACACGGAUUCCUCACCACCCUCGCAGGCCGCCGUCGCCGCGUGAGUGCGGAGUUGCGCGAAAGUCCUUCUUUGCAGCGACAGGCGGUGAAUUAUAUAAUUCAGGGGAGCGCCAGCGACGUAAUAAAGCGGGCGAUGCUGCGGGUGCAGCGGGCUUUCCAGGGGAGCAACUUCUGCGCGCGGCCCCGCCUGCUGCUUUCCCUGCACGACGAGAUCAUCGUGGAGUGCCGCGGCGAAGAAAAAGAAAGAGUUAAAUUCAUUUUGAAACGCGAAAUGGAAAAGGCGCUGCCGCUUUCCGUGCCGCUGGCCGUGGUCGUGAAGGCGGGCCCGAGCUGGGGCGAUCUCGACGACUGA